UAGAGAUUCAGGCCACAUUAAGAGCAAGAAGGACGGCACAAACUACUACACUAUCCCACCUCCUAGCAUGCGGUCGCGGCAGCUUUCGACCGGUAUCAGAUAAAGCAGGAGAAGUGACGGCUGAGACAUAGGAAGGACGAGGUGGAUAUUAACGGACAGCCAGCACAGCAGAGCCGCCGACAGCUCGGAGCUGUCGCGAUGUUGUAGCUAAACCAUGGACAGCAGAAUAAAGGAGAAUCCAGAAAGAACAUUUGAUCUGGUUGUACAGGUGGCAUGUCCAGCAUCUGAAAAUGAGGAUCCAACCGUGCUGUGGAGCUUCCCCCAGGACCACACAGACCAGGAGGUCCUUCAGACGAUACCAAAGUUCUGCUUUCCCUUUGACGUGGAAAGGGUUUCCCAGAGUCAGGUGGGGCAGAAUUUCACCUUUGUGCUGACGGACAUCGACGGCAAACAGAGGUUUGGUUUCUGUCGACUCACUCAAGGCUGCCGGGUCUGCAUAUGUCUGCUCAGUUAUCUACCGUGGUUUGAAAUCUACUACAAGCUGCUAAACACGCUGGCAGACUACCUAACGAAACAACAGGAAAAUGACUUGAAUGACAUGCUGAAUUCUCUCUAUGAUCUGCCUGUGCCAAAGCCCUUCACGCCAGUCAACCUGAGUGUGAAUGAGCAGUUGUAUAUUGCCACUGGGCAAGUACUGCGAGAUCGGCAAAGCAAGGAGCCGCACUCCUACUUCAUCGCCCCGGAUAUCAAUGGACUGCCAACUAUCCCUGAGAGUAGGAACCUGACAGAGUACUUUGUGGCUGUGGACGUCAACAACAUGCUCCAGCUCUACGCCAGUAUGCUGCACGAACGGCGCAUCAUCAUUACCUCAAGCAAGCUUAGCACUUUAACUGCAUGUGUCCACGGUGCGGCUGCUUUGCUCUUCCCCAUGUACUGGCAGCACAUCUUCAUCCCUGUACUGCCCCCGCAUCUUCUGGACUAUUGCUGUGCCCCCAUGCCAUACUUUGUGGGAGUUCAUCUUAGUCUGCUGGAGAAGGUACGCAGUCGAUCAUUGGAGGAUGUGGUCAUUCUGAAUGUGGAUACCAACACCAUGGAGAGUCCCUUUGAUGACCUGCACAACCUGCCCAGUGACGUGGUGUCCUCUCUGAAGAGCAAGCUGAAGAAGCAGUCAACAGCAACAGGAAGUGGUGUGGCAAGGGCCUUCCUGAGAGCGCAGGCCGCUCUGUUUGGAUCCUACCGAGAUGCCCUCAGAUAUAAACCCGGGGAGCCAAUCACAUUCUGUGAGGAGAGCUUUGUGAACCAUCGCUCCAGCACCAUGAGGAGCUUCCUGUCCAUGGCUGUCAACCUGCAGCUCUUCAAACAGUUCAUCGACGGACGGCUGGCCAAAUUGAACGCAGGCCGCGGCUUCACCGACGUGUUUGAAGAGGAGAUCACAGAGGGGGGCUUCUGUGGAAGUAAUUCAAGGUCUUAUCAGCAAUGGAUGCACACUGUAAAGAGAGGAGGAGCACUCAUCAACACAGCUGUGACAAAGGCCAAAAGUCAUGCCAAGAGGGGCAUCCGGGACAUUAAGGGCAGACUUAAAGCAAGGGAAGAAGAAGAAGAGGGGAUGACGGUCUGUGCAGGGUCUCCCACCAGCACCAAGAGCCUGUCUCCAAGGAGACUGCAGAAGAUGAGACGACAUAACUUCAGCAAGUCUCCUAUGAGCAUGGGCCCUCGAGAUCUUGGCUACGGACUUGAUGAUGAUGAGCUGGACAGUGCAAGCAAAAUCUCCUCAGAGGACAGCGGGGAUGUUCCUUCCUACACUGAAGACAGCGAUGAUUCCUACUCGCUGGAGCUCGACAUUGACUCUUCCCACUCAGGCCAGAUGAAUCUGCUGGAGGAAAUACUCGACUCCCUGAACACCACAACGCUGGAGCAAGGCAAACUCAGCGCUGCCAAGAGCCUGGACUUCUUCAGGUCCAUGGAUGAUUUAGACUACAAGGCCCCGACCAAACCGACACCUUCCAGCGAGUCUAAACCUGCAGAUGAGAGUGGAGGUGAUGGCGGCGGAGUUGGGGAUCAGGGGGGUUGGAAUAUGGGCCAGGACGACAGCGCUGUCCACGGGAAACACCUCCCACCAUCCCCGCGCAGACAGCCCAAUAAGAGCAGCAUGAAGAUGUCCAAGAAACCUGCAACAGCUCCUCCAGUGCCCGUCAUAUCUGCUGCACCCCCAGACCAGGCUACUGAUUUCUCCAAACCCCUGUUAUUUCCUCCUAAGCCCAAUUCUGACCCAGCCCUUCAUACUUCACCUUCAGGACGACAACCAGGACACCGCUUCUCCUACUCGCCCGUACUGUCCCAUAGACCCACGCCGUCAUCUCCCACUCUCUCUAACACCCAAAGUUCACCAGGAAGCGUUUCUCACCCAGACUGUUCUCCUGGUCCAGCGGGCCGGUCUCGGACCAUCUCAGACCCCCAAACCAGCACGGAGCCUCCUCAGACCCAGACCCAGACCCAGAACCAGACCUCCUCCACCAAUGUCCUGAGGAGGAAGGUGCUGUCCAAGGAGACGGUGAGGCACUACCAGGAAAAGGCCCUCCAGAGGCAGGGCAGCAAGGGCCACCUGGAGGGUGAGGGGAAUCCAUCGAAGCACAGACAGUCAGCUAUGCUGGUCCCGUGGGAGAAAGAGGUGUCCAAGGAGGGGCUCCUGGGGCUCGGCCUGUGUCUGGGUCAGGGUAAAGGCUCCGGGGCAGCUGUGGUGCAGGAUCAAGGCCUCCUUGAGGAGAUUGAGUCCAUGUGUUGCCUCAGCUCCGUCCUCCACACCAGCCUGCAGCUCUCACAGGUUCACUGCAACAACAGUCACCACCAGGUCCAGGGCAAAGCCACAGAUGAGUCCUAAGGGACGUCAAAGACUCGGAGUCUGUAAAAUGCCAUAGGUUCUAAUGAAAUAUGUUCACUGUCAUUCUUCUAUAGCAAUUAGCUGCAGACACAGAGAACAUGAUCGGUUCAGAAGUUUUUUUUUUUUUUUAUUAGCACUCAGCCAUCAGGAAAAGUCACAAACGAAUUUGAUGUCAUACAGGCAUCGAACCGUAAGCUACAACCUCUAUUGCAGGAAAAAGAUGGAGAUGAAUUGGUGCGCCGUAGAAUUCUCCAUCUAUCAUCCAGCUCUGUAUUUAUAUAAUGAAAUCCUUAUUUUUUGUGAAAGAAAUCUGCCAUCAUAACAGAAGUAUUUUAACCUAUUUCCAGUACACGUAAACUUAUUUUAAAAACACAAAAAUUCAACUUUGUUUUGGAAAAGAAACAGGUGAAAGUCAUCUCACUCCAGUGGCAGGUUUUUUCACAUCCAACACAAAAUAAGUACUUUUCUUUCAACUGAACUGGGUGUUCCACUGAAGUAACAACAACUUAUGAGUUUAUCAAGUUUUUUAAAACAAGUGGGAAAUGUUGAAAGAUAGCGACACUCCAAAAACACAAAGUGAGGCCAUAGGAGUGAGAUUUUUUUUGUAUUUUUGGAGUGCUGUUAUCCCAGUUGUUUUAAGAAAAUACAACUUUAUAAACUCAAUUACAAACAAGAAAGACACGACAAGAAGAUUUGUUCUCUCCUGUUCAUAGCAUUUCUGCCUGGAUUCGACUAAAUUUCUGGAUGUGGUAUUUUGAUGUUUUCAUCUUGUAACACAUUCACAAAGCAACACCCAACAAUAACCCAUGAAUUAUAUUUUUGGGGAAAAUGUAAGUAGCCAACCGGUGAUGGAGGAAUUGUUCAUUUUUCAAUCCAGAAAAAGACUCAGAAUUAAGAAGGGACGAUAGCUCCUCAACACACCAUCGUGUCAGUCGUCUACUCAGUGUUCCAAACAUUUCACAUGAUUAAACUGAACUUGCACUUGUAGAUUAACUAAUAAUACUCAGUAAUUACUACCUGGUACUUAAAUCAUUUGAGCGAGAACAAAAGUGAGACAGGAUUUUCCAGAUACAGAGUCCACUCGGGCCUUUGAAACUAAUUAUACACUGUGUAAUAUAAUGUUUUCUAUCACCAUGCCUUAAAUGGACAUGUGAUUUGUUUAUGAUGCUCUGGUGUCUUAAUCUAUAGAUACCGUAACAGGUACUUUGUAAUCAGAAUAAUGUCAGAUCUUACAUGCAACAAUUAGUAGUACUUAAACAGCACUGUAUUUAUCUGAAUGAAUAGAGUAGUUAAUAAAUGAUGUGCUUUAAGCUGCUGUUUUUAAAUUGCAUUCCAGAUCAUGAGAUGUGCACGUAGGAACCUCUCUUUCUCUCCUCUUCCUGCGUUCCUCAGGACACUUCCGUCACUCUGACGAGAUGCAAAUACACUCAAAAGUUAAAAUGGAUGAUCUGAAAAAAGCCAGUACUCUUGCUCCAUCUUGUCUUCUUUUUCUUUUUCCACCGUCACCACUCUGCUCCUCAUGUUGUCUCUCCUAAUUUUCUGCCUUUUACUUCUUUCAGCACAUCUACUUCUCACUCUCAACCUUAAAAAAAAAAAAAAAAAAAAAAAUGGUGGCCAGUUGUUGUGGAGUUUGUGAGGUUUGGAGUGGAUGUGGAAAGGGUGAACUUUAUAGGAUAUAGCUGGCAGUGCUCUACACUUGAGUUAUUAUCAACAAAUCCCAUGGAAAGACCAAAACUAACAAUACAUUAUUCUGUCUCAUUGCUUUCAGACUUCCCUACCCUGUCUGUGGCACUCAGCCCCGAGCCCAUUUGUUCUUACUAGUGAUGUAAACUUUUAAAAAAGAGUCACCGAUACUGAGUGUACUUUCCAUUUUCAGUCUCAGAAAAUGCUGUCGCAUCUUUAAAUAGGAGUAAAUACUGCAUUUGUUGGGGACUAUUUUAAUAAUUGGAUUACUAGUCAGUAUCAAUUCAUUGUUCUGGUGUUUUGAUGGGGUUUGUUGACAUUUAAGAAAAAAUCCAGAGUAUUACCAGACUUGUAUAACUCAGUCUUUAUCCUCUUUCUGUCUCACAUGAGGAAAUGCAAUCUCUGUCCUUCAAGGUUAGAGUCACACACUGUAAUGUAAUGCAGUGGUUGAUGAUUGUACUGUAAUGAAGCAAUACAGUUUUCCUCAGAGAGUCGCUACAUGGAUGUAAUGUGUACAGAGUCUAAAGUAUUUCUAUAACAGACUCUCCUGUGGAGAGAAACGCCAUGUCCAGAGAUUGUGGGUUCCCAUCAUUCUCUGCGUUGCCACAAACCCAGAGAAAAGGAAAAAAAAAAAAAAGAAGCUUUUUUCAUGUGCUUGUGUUGGGAUUAUUACAUUUAUGGUUCGUUGUUCUUAUGAUUUAUGCCAGACGCCAGUCGGUGUGGCAGUUUAAUAGCAGCUAUUUCUCCACUUUUUGAGUGCUGCUCUGCGUUAACGAUUUGCUCAUAAAGUCUUUGGCGUGCUUCUAAAAGCCCAGGAAUCAGUCCUAGUAAUAAUUCCAAAAAGGAAAAAAAAAA